UGCCCGUCUCGUGAAUUGGCAAAACAAACACACGAAGUGUUCGAAUUCUACGCAUCUCAGUUGAAGAGAUCUGGCUUGCCUGAGCUGCGCUGUGCGCGUAUAAUUGGCGGGGAGCCUGUCAAUCCAACCAAGGAUCUCAUCAGAGCAGGAAUUCACGUCGCGGUUGCAACUCCGGGUCGGUUGAUGGAUCUUCUCGACAAGAAAAUUCUGUGUCUGGACGUUUGUCGAUACCUGUGCAUGGAUGAAGCUGACAGAAUGGUCGAUAUGGGCUUUGAAGAAGACAUCCGAACAAUAUUUUCGUAUUUCAAGGCUCAGCGACAGACGUUACUCUUCUCCGCCACUAUGCCCAAGAAAAUACAGAAUUUUGCCCGAUCUGCGUUGGUUCAACCUGUGACGGUGAACGUAGGUCGAGCCGGUGCGGCGUCGAUGAAUGUAAUCCAGCAGGUUGAAUACGUGAAGCAAGAAGCGAGGAUGGUCUAUUUGUUGGAUUGCUUGCAGAAAACUCAGCCUCCCGUGCUGAUUUUUGCGGAGAAGAAGCAAGAUGUCGAUGCAAUUCAUGAAUAUCUUUUGCUGAAGUUAGCCUUGCUAGGCCAAGACAAGAUCGCAAGUUCUCGCCUCUCUUCCUACAGGAACAUCGCUGUCUACAACGCAGAUUUCCACACAACUAAAGUCCUACUCGAUUUGAAGCACUUGUUGUAUGAAGCACGACAAGAGGUUCCUCCAUUCCUACGCUUGUUGGAGUCCGAAGCCGAGAAGUAUUUGGAAAUCGGAGACGAACGUGGUUGCAGUUUGACGCCACCAAACCCAGUGUCUUAG